UCAUCCAUUUCGGUGUUUGACUAAAUAUUGAGGGUUGAUCUUUUUCAUCAUACCAGUGCACAAUUACUGGAUUUCAAAUUCCAGUUUCAUUUUCACUUUCCAAUUCCUCAUCACACCCCAAAAAAUGGCGGUUUCGGGGAGGAGUACAUCCGUUCUCAUACUCUUCCUGAUUUUCUUCUAUUGUACUUUAGAUCUAUGCAGUGGGCAGCAAUCCCCUGCUUCUCACCAUUCUUGCUCCCGUGGUCAUCACCAUCACGACCACCACCACCAUCAUGAUCAUGAUCAUGAUCAUCAUGGUGAUCGUGAUGAAGUUAAUCAAUCAGUAAAGAAGAGGCUGCUUCCAGAAGAGCUUGCUGAAGAAGAAGACCUAAAGUUAUAUGGCUUUGCAUCAGAUGAAAUCCACAUCCAUAAUGACCACCUUGAUGGGUCCCACUCUCAACUUUCUGGCAUUGGACUUUGGAUUCAUUCAAUGGGGUGUUCUUUGCUGGUGAGCUUGGCUUCUCUUAUCUGCUUGACAAUUGUUCCAAUAUUAAGUGCAAAUGGAACACCAUCGAAAGCGGUUGUGGAUGCAAUGGCGCUCUUUGGGGCUGGAGCUAUGCUGGGAGAUGCUUUUCUGCAUCAAUUACCUCAUGCUUUCAGUGGUGGGCACUCUCAUGCGCAUGAUCAUCAUUUUCAUUCUGAAGAUUCACAUUCUCAUUCUCAUUCUCAUGCUCAUUCUCUUGAAGAUCUGUCUAUUGGAUUGUCAAUCCUAACUGGCAUUGUAGUUUUCCUUAUUGUGGAGAAGGUUGUUAGGUAUGUUGAAGAAGUUUCUGGAGGUGAACAUUCAGGAAUGCAUGCUCAUCACCACCACCAUCAUCGUAAAAGCAGUAAAAAGCACAAGGAUAAGGAUGAUACUGACGAGAAGACAGUACAGAAGCCUUUGAAUGAGAAAAUAUUGGAUGGAGAUGGCGAUGCAAAGCAAGAUUCUAGAUCUGGAUCGGAAUUGAAAAAGAGAAACAGAAAGGGCAGUGGUGACAAGUCGAAUAAAGAUGCUUCUGAGGGGAAGUUGGCUGAAACAAAGUUUACAAAACAACCAUCAAAGUUGGUCUUUGGUUAUCUCAAUCUCUUCUCUGAUGCUGUGCACAAUUUUACUGAUGGAAUGGCUUUAGGAAGUGCUUUCUUACUCUAUGGAGCUGUUGGUGGAUGGUCUAGGACUCUAUUUUUGCUCGCUCAUGAGCUACCUCAAGAGGUUGGCGAUUUUGGAAUCUUGGUUCGAUCAGGUUUCAGCGUCUCGAAGGCUUUAUUUUUCAACUUUCUAUCAGCACUUGUAGCAUUAGCUGGAACAGCACUAGCUUUGCUACUCGGCCAAAAUCCAGGACAGUCGUCUCUCAUUGAGGGGUUCACAGCUGGUGGAUUCACUUAUAUCUCAAUCGCGGGGGUCCUAGCAGAGAUGAACAACAAUGGGAGCUCUAGUCUAAAAAGUAGUGUAAGCCAAUUGAUUUCAUUGAUGUUGGGGAUGGGUGUUGCCCUUUGGAUUUCUCUUGUAGAGUGAAAAUCCUGGGGAGAACAAAAAUCCCCCUUUCUAUUUAACUACCCAUUGGAAAUCAAAAUUUUUGCGAUUGCUUUCCAUUUGUUUUUGAAGGUUUGGAAUCGUUAUAUGGACAGUUUAACUGAAUUGUUUCACCUUAAACUAUAAUGGAUUAAAUUUCAUCCAUCUUCACCUUAAAGAAA